ACCAGAUACCAUUAGUAUGAUUAUAGUAAUCAUAAACAUAUUGAUUGGAAGGGAUUUGUUCAUAAAUACUUGAUGAGAUACACUUAAUUUAUUAUAUUGUCAUGAAUCAUAUCCAUGAUAAUCUCUAUACUAGAGGAUUUCUAAUACAUAAGAAAGCUCGCAGAUAUAAACAAUUGACCAGUGAUGCAGCGGAUCACACUCUACAGCAUAUUUAUUUGUGUGGUGUUUCAAUCAUACGUGAGCAUGGAGGAUAUAGAAGUCCCGAAGUUACUUGAACCAAUUUUGACUCUGUGCGGAACUGGACAUUUUUGUUACCUAAAUAAUACCCUGUUUCCCUGGGAAGUCCAGGAUUCAGUACUAUACCCGCGUUGUCCGCCAUGUUUUUGCGAUCAGGAGUGUUACGUCAGAGGUGACUGCUGUCCUGAUGUGUUCUUUUCUCCCCCAGUACCGACCUGUAAGAAUGUCACAAUCGUAAAUGCGUCAUCAAACUACCCUGAAAGAAACCAAAGAACAUCAUAUUUAAUGGUUGACUCUUGUCCCCGCAACGCAGAGAGUGAUGUUCUCAAAAGAUGCAAAAAUGUCACCAAUGACGUCGAUAAACUAAAAUACCCACCGGUGACCAGUUACAAUACAUCUCGAACGUAUUACAACCGGUUUUGUGCAAUUUGCAACAAUGAUUUCAAUUUUUUUACCUGGCCUAUCGAUAUAUUCUGUGAUCAAUUUCUGGACAUCAAUUUCAUUUCAACCUUUGAUGAUGUCAUAAAAAAUGCCAUUGCGCGUGAAUGUGUGUUACAGUCAUAUCCUCCAAAUGAAAAUAUCUCUUACAACUGUUACAAAGAAAACGAGCAAUAUUUUAAUGCUUGUAAUAAAACAGGGACGUGGAAACAUUAUAUACAUAAUGUUGAAUAUGGAUGUGACGCCGAUUACUUUAAUAAUGACACAAUGUUCAAAAAUAUGUUUUGUAAAAUGUGUAAUCCAAUAUUUACUGCGGUCAACACAAUAUCCCAGUGCAACGUCAGUGGACUGUGGGAUACUUUUAACCGUACAGUAAAUAACGCAUGUUUAUAUUACCGAGAUAAUCCUGGAACAUUGCCAUAUAAGAACUUAUUUUGUUAUUUGUGUAACCGACCAAAUUCAUCGAAAUUUCCAUUUUUCGAUGUAAGCUUAGACAUGAAUACUGAGCUUUUAUUUCGUAACGGGUCGUCCGUGCCUAUAUUUUUCUUUGAAAUCAAUGUGCAGGAAUUUCUAGAGGAAUAUUUCCUUUUAAUAAAACAAAAAGUUUUUGAACAGUUCGGAGAAAUAAAAAUAAUAAAUCAAUCACGUGGUGUAGUAUUGAUGAAACACAAUUAUAGUGAUUUAACAAAUCUUGUGCAUAAAACGUUUUCAAUGCAGGAUGUAUCGAGAACGUGUGGUGAAUACAAAAUUCCAACAAAGCUUAUGAAAUAUACUAAUUGCUCAUGUGAUGCAUCAUGUAUGUUCCUUAUUAAUAAUGAAAGCACUUAUGAUCGCUGCUGUAAAGAUAUGUUCCUGAUGUAUCCUAGAACCUGCUUAAAAGAAAAAAUAUUUUCGACAUCGGAACCUAAAAAAACAUUUAACGAAAGUUUAGUGACGAAUGGGUGUUAUGGCGUAGAUAGUUAUCCGGAAUUUAUAGGCGACAGGUGUAAGAAACCGCCGGGAGACGCAUUUUCUAUUCACCCUGUCACCGAUUUAUCGACAGGCAUUCCAUAUUUAAAUAUGUACUGUUUACUGUGUAGUGCUUCUCGAAAAGAAAAAAACUACAAACCGUGGACGAUAAAAUCACAUUGUUUUUCAUAUAUUGAACACACAAACUUCUUGCUUUAUAGUAAUUUUUACAAAUCUUUACGAGGAGCUGAUUGCAAUUUGACGUUUUAUCCAGCCACGAACAGUCGAAAAUGUGACGAGAUCAUGCCUCAUCUUAUAGAGAAAUGCAACAAAUCGGGACACUGGCCAAUGACAGACUUAGAUGUAAGUUGGGCAUGCGAAGAUCUUCCAUACACUAGCGUUCAUAACUGGAAAGGGCCAGAUCAGUUUGGAGGGGAUUUAUAUAAAAACGUUUACUGCGCUAUGUGCAACCCAUAUAGAGCUCUUGAGAUUACGAUUGAUAAGUGUCCAGAUACUUCUAGUGAUGGAGAUCAUUGCGAAUUUUUUCCAAAAGUUUACUUCUAUGCCCCCUACAAGAAUCUCUAUUGUGCAGUAUGCAAUGGCGUCGCGUUUUCAGGGAUACGCGGGGGAAGGGGUAGAAUUAAAGAAGAAGAAGAGAACUUUGUUUCAAAUUCCCUUGUUUGGUAUCCAUUGCUGCGCAAUUUAUUUUCCGUCAGUGAUGAUUAUGAAGACAUGGAUUUCGAUGCGCUGCUAAAUCAGAUCUGUUCAAGUGACCAAAUCUACGACCCAUUCUAUGGAAUCUGCAGGAAUAUAACAUGUUUUCCCGGAAAGUAUUUAUCUCAUAGAGAAAGCUGCAUCCCGCUCUUUUCGGUUACCAAAAAUCUUCGAUAUAACUUGGAUAUAACUUUUAAGGGAAUCUCUAAGUACAAAAUAUUCAAGAUUUAA